UCCCACCCCCUCUCCCCCUCCUCCCUCUCUCACGCAACCAUCCUCCAUCGCAGCAGUCCUCCACCAUCGCAACCCUCCACCGUUGCCGCGUCCUCCAUCGAAAUAACCCUCCACCGCCGGCGCCGCCACCCCUGUCUCCCGCAGCAUCCCUCUACCGCCGUCGUCUCCGCAAUCCUCAGUUUCCCUCCACCUCAUGUCGUGCAACGUCCCCUCGGACGACUGCGACGCAAUAAUCUUCUCCCCGUCGGAGCCCUCUCGCCGCCCUUCGUCUCCCACCACUGCCGCCGUUGCGAGGUCACCCUCUUCCCCUACCUCUCUCUCCCGUCACCGACUCCCCUUUUCUAUAUCUAGUUUUUUAGUGGUACCAUUUUUCUUCUGGUAGCGUACCAGUGAUAGUGGUACCUACCACUACCAUCUGGUAGUGGUAGCGUACCACUAUCAUCUAGUACCACUACCAUUUGUUUUUUUUUGUUUGUUAUUCUCUACUGGUACCACUACCAAUGCUAGUGGUACACUACCAGUGCUAGUGGUAUGAUACAAUAUGGUAGUGGUAGUGCUGUACUGGUACCGUACCACUAGCACUGGUACAUUUUUAACGCACUGGUAGCGUACCACUAGCAUUAGUAUAUUAAUUACCAGUAGACUAAUGGAUUGGUACACUUUUUAAUGCACUGGUAAAUUUUUUCAGGUUGCCGGAGGGCGUCUGCCAGAGAGAAUUCGCCGGAGAAAAAGUUUGUCCGUCGAUGCGGAGUGGCCACAGGAGAAAGGAAGAGAGAGAGAUAGAUAGAGAUAUUAAUGUAUAAGAUUUAAAUUUCAAAAAAUUGUAUUUAAUAUGGGUUUUUAGUUUUCGAUAUAAUUAAUACAAAAAAUGUAAUUAAUAUAUUCUUUUUUUCAUACCCAAAAUAUCAUUGGUUGUCAAUCUGACCCCCUUAGGGGUUGUCACCGUAUCCCGUCCCGAAUAAAGAGGAAGGCAAAGAGAGAGUGAUAAGACAUUUAAAAGAGGAGGAAAAUUUGGUAGUGUGAAAUAAUUGCCCUUCUGCUUUGAUUAGUGGAUAUUCAUGGCCCUAUUCUGUUAAGUUUAUAUUGAAAGAUCGUACGUACCGACGGUUAGACCAUAAAACUUCACAUCAUAGGCUAAAUCGAUAGGUGAUAUUAGCAAUAUGAAACGGUUGAAACCCAGUUAAAUUAUGACUACAAUAUAAAAUACUCUGCUACCAACUUUUUCGAUACGAUUUUACAAUCCUUUGGUUCAAACAAUUCUUUUACACCGGUGAAAACAAAAGUUUUAAGGCACAUUUUUGAAGUAUCUAUUGCAAAAAAGAAUAAGUCAGUUAGUGAUAAUGAGAAUAUGCGAUCUCAUGCAACCCAAAAGACACUUCGCAACUUCUAUCUUUUUAAAAUAUAUGUAUGCUACUCCUACUCUCGCUUGUUCAUCAACUUAAUGAGUAAUAUAUAUUUCAAGUAAUAUUAUUUUCAUACGUGUUUAUUUAUUGAAUUAUCUCAUGAAAAAAAUAUUUGUUGCAUAAAAAUUACUACAUUGUUGCUAGACAUGUCUCCGAUCUUAGAAUAAUUUGGGAAGUCCGUACACAUACAUUGUCCAAUACUCCAACUAACUAUUAGCGACAACUUAGCAUCAUGUCCUAUAUAUUUCAAAUCAAGCAACUUCAGAUUCAUUAACACCAGUGUGGUAAAAAAAAUGCUCUCUAUUGGGAAAAACUUAAAGGACAUAAUAAACUCUAUGAUACAUUUUCUUUCAUACUAAAGGUCGAUUAUGUAUGUAUUAUGAGAAGCAACUCCAAUAUUCAUUCAAUAAUUAUAUGUAAUGCUUAUAUUAUAUUUUUUUCUCUUUUCAUGGAGGUCUAAAGUCUAAACAUAGUAUGCAUAGUUGGAUCACUUUCAAAAAUGUUAUGUGCAUAAAUAAGGUAGAAAACAAUCUUUUCAAAUCAUCUAUUAUAUCCAUUAUUAUAUAUCAUAUUCCUCGACAAAAUUAGGGCUGGCUAUUUGGUCCGGGCUAUUUGGUUUUACCCGAAACCGGACCGUUUAACCUGGACCGGAACCGGACUUGAAUCGGAUAGCAAACAAUCCAAUCUCAUCUCCCAACUUAGAUUUGAGGUUAAAAAAACCUUUUGGGACUAGAUGGAAAACCUGAUAAGAGAUCCCAACACGAGGCUUCAGGCCACUCAAAUCCCACAAUCUCAAUCUCAAAUCAAGACCGAAUUGGGACCGGACCGGAUCAAGACCAAACUGUAUCAAAUCCAAUCUUUGGUCAUUAUAUUCUCGAAAAGACCAAACUGAGACCGAAUCAAUUUGGGCCAAUUUAACCGGACCGGACCGUAUAACCACCCCUAGACAAAAUUCUUUCGGCCAAUGGGCCGGGUCUUGUGCUAGUAUGAAUGAUGGUAUUGUAACACUUAGGGGUCGUUUGGUUUUAGUGAUUGUUUGGUUGAGAUAGUUACAAUGCAUGUAUUGUCCACGAUGCAUUGUUUUUUUGAAUUUUUCGCACAAACAAUACAUGCAUUGUUUGCUUGAUUUGAUAGAAACUAUCACUUGAAAUGAGUGAUAGUACUAACUCUACUAAAACUUGAGAUUGUUGAGAUAGUUUUAAGGAGAUUGUUGGGUUCCUUUUUUGUUCCAAGUAUACCCUUAAUAAUAUAUAUGUGUUCUCAUAAAAGCAAGGGAAAAAGUGAUUUUUCUCACAAAAAGUAAUAUAACAAGGAUUGAAAUACUGUACUGGAGCUUGUAUCGGAAAAGUCAGCGGUGUGGUAUUUUAUACUAAAACCGUGGUUUAAUCAUGGCUCAACCGCUAAAUACCGCCUACCAGUUUAGGCUCCGGUAGGAGGUUUUUCUGGUUGAACCGCCGAUAUGGUACGGUAUUUCAAUCCUUGAAUUUAAUAUGUUGGAUACUAAAAGAGCUAUCACCAAAACCAAACAAUGUAAAGUAAAUUACAUCAUUUUCCUUAAUUACGGGCUCGUUUGGAAGUUAGGAGUCUAAAUGAGUGAUUCUGUGAAUGUGUGUAUUCUUUACAAUCUAUCGUUCUUUUGACAUAAACUUAUCCAGAAUGCAUGCAUUUGAUUGGUACUUUAGAAUCUCAAAUGGCUAGAAUCAUUCAUUUUAGAAUCUCUAGAAAAAGGUGAGAUUCUCUUGCUUUACUUUUGUAAUUGCUUUUUGCACCUCUUAUCCUUAUAUUUUUUAUAUUUCAUAUUUGCCCCUUCUUUAAUUGACUAUAUAAACAGAACUUCAAGGUUAUAUAAGUCUUUUUGGUCAUUAAAGUGAGAAUCCUUAUAUUCUUUAAAAAUGAGAAUCAUUAUAUUCUUUAAAAGUGAGAAUCACAACUAACAAACAACAUAUUCUUACAAUUAUCUAUAUCUUACAAUCACUACACUUAGAAUACAUACAUUGUAAGAAUACACGUAUACAUGUAUAUUACAAUGCAUGCAUUGACGCAUUGAUUUAAAUAUCACCAAAAUCAAACUCUUAUAAUAUUUUUAUGGGGCUUAAUCCUGUAGGAUGCAAGGGUGAUACGUGCACUAAUAACUUUUAAUUCGUUAACUAAUUUUAAUAAGAAUAAUUUUGUAUUAUCACCACAACAACAUUAUAAAAAUAAUUAUAUUAUCUUUUCUCUCCUUGAUAGCCCUCAAUUUAGUUCCUACGAAAGCCCCAUAAAUGCAAAGAAAGUUGAUAUCUGCCCAAGCUCGGUUACUAGACCAGUAUUAUAAUAUUUUUCUUUUGUGCAUUAAGAAGGAUCUAAAAAUUUCAUUAAAGGUAUUCAACUGUAGGUCAAAAUCUCUUUGAAUAGUCAAGUAGUCUCGAAUUCAAAUACUACCGUCACCAAAAAUAAAAAUUUACACAAAUUUUGUUUACAAAAUUUUGAUCUAAGAUAUGUCAAUUGAUAGCCCAUUGAUGCACUUUGGCCCGGCCCUCUUCAUAGUUCCAUGUUUUCAUAAGAUUCUAAUGAAUAAAAAAAAUAAAAAAAUCCAUACGGUAGGAGUUCGUUUGCGUCGUCCAAAAAGAAAUUAGCGCUUAAUUCUGUUGAGAACAUUAGAGCUCUACACUCUAAGAUUUCAGGAAUAAUUUUGAGCCUUUCAUCAGAACCAGAUAUACAUACAACAUUCACAAUUUACUAUGCUUCUGUCUGAUCAGUUGCGUGUGGGGCUGUAACUGAUUUUUUGUUUGUUUGUUUGUUUGUUUAGGGUCAGUUAGUUACGUGGGUGGGGUUCAAUCAUUAUCAGAUCGUUUAUUGGGCUUGUUUCGUUAUUGCCGCAGCUAUUGUUCGUUGUUGGCCUGCGCCUAGCUGAGCUGCGAUGAGUUCUGUCAGUACUGUACCUAAAUGACAAUAAUAAGAAACUCCAAUGGAGGAAGCAACUUCACGCCCGCAAUCCAUUCACAAACACAUAAACAAUAAGAUCAAAUUUCCGGCAAUAUAAUUAUGCUGUAAACUAAUAUAAGAUAUAUGCAUCUGGUUUAAGUUCCUUUUGUCUUGAUUUCCACCUUAGUUCUUGACUAUAUUUUUUCCAUGCUGAACUGGAGAGUAGCCUACAUAACAUACAUAUAGUAAAAGAUGAAUGGUGGAGACAAAGUCCUGAUUUUAGUUGGUAAGGACACUCAUAAACGGCAGGCUCUGGAUCAGCUUAUUUAAUCUUCGGAGGAUUCCACGCAAAUCAGCCAAGUUAACAGUCCAGCACAAACUCACCUCAUCACAACAAAACAGAAAGUCAGAAACGGUCUAGUGACUAGCAGGAAGUCUCCACUCUUCAGGACUGGUAAUAUUCUUCUUUUCACUUAAUAAUAAUGCCAGAGUGAGCGAACAGUUGUGUUCUACUGCUAAACUUCCCCCAAUUCUCUGUCAUUAUCCCUACUCCACAUACAUUUAUAUGAACUCCAAACCAUAACUCCCUACUCGAAUAGUCAAUUCAAUCUGUGAUCUAAUCUCUGCCCCGUUCGACUCGACUGAAAAAUGGGUUGCUUGAUGAGUUGCAGCUCCUCCGCCAGAAAGAACCACCACCACCACCGCCACUACUCUUCCACCACCGACGAUUCCACCGCCACCCUCGCCCCCUACAAGGGAUGUCACCCCGCCCGCUGCCUCGCCAAGAAGCCCAAUCCGACGGCGGAGAUCCACAACGGUACCACUACUCAUCGGAAAGGGAAAGGGGCCCGCCGUCGGCGCCAGGACGACAUCCCCAAGCUCCCCAAGACCUUCUUCAUGAUGGGCCAGCAGAGCAGCGAGGGGAGCCGCCCAUUCACUCCCACCACCGCCGACCCCUUCAGCGAGUCGAUUUCCGAGUCGACCGAGUCGCCGAUUCACUGGGGGAUCUGGCGGCGGAAGGAAGUUGUGUAUACAAUCCCUCUCGCCUCCGAAUUCGGCAGCUUCACCUGCCCUUCCCCUAUUGCGCCCGCCACUCCGCCUCUGAAAAGGGAUUAUGCGGCGGUCCCGGAGAUAAUUAGGGAGGCGGAAAAGGUGGGGUCGUUCGCCAGAGAGAGGCUGGAGGCUUUCACGGAGAAGCGGAGGUUAGCGGCGGCACGGCAGAGGAGCGAAUUCGGGUUCGGGUGCGGGAUGUUCCAGAAGGAUUUGGGAGGGGAGGUGUCGCCGGCGUGGACGCCGGUGGUCGGGAGCUUCGCGAUGAGGAGUCCGGCGAGAGGCGGGAGUCCAUUCAACGUGAGCGGGCGGGCGACGGGGCGGUGGUCGGGAAGGGCGAUCGGGAGCGGAGUUCGGAUCCAGUUUGUGAACGACGACGUACGGGUGAAGAGGUGUGAAGAUCAGUCCGUUGACGAUUCUUAUUUGUCCAUGGAAUGCUUUGUGUUUUGAGAAAAAAGUUAUUACCGGGCUUCUUUACUGUUUCUCUAAUCUCUACUGUUUGAAUGCCAAUACCAUAAAUAAAACAGUGUAAAAAUAUUACAAUAAAUAAAAUGAAAGGCCAAGUACUUUUGGUUAGUUGGUGAACUUUUCAAUUGCUGUCCAAAUUUUUUUAAUUUGAGGGAUGUAAGGGAGUUUGGUAAGUUUAGGGUGAAUAAUUAUGAGUAACUUGUUUAUAUUAGUAUGAUAUUAGCAUUUUUUUUUCUCAUGAAUUUGUUUUUAUAUUUUCUCCUUUAAUUUUUAACGGAUGAUUUCUCGCUCAUUUUAAAACAUUUUUUUUCACAGAUAAAUCAGAUUAAUUGUG